AUGUGGGAUGCAUACUUCGAAGAAACGUUACCUGGGAAUUACAGUUUUUUAGGCUUUUAUAAACACCGCCAAAAGCGAACCGAUUUCACACAUUCUUUUCAAAAAGAGGCUGACAUACUCCGUAAAAGUCUAGACGCUCUGGCGAGACAUGGUACAGAAGAAGUUAAAAAGAGAGCUGUUUCGCUUGGACACUUGUUUAAUAAUCAUCGAAAUACCUUUAAAGAGGUUGAAGCAUUUUGGGAUAAAUGCGAAUCAACUGAGAAAGUUAUCAGAAAACGCCCAUUAAGAUCAACUACAGAUAAUGAUAACACUGGUUCAGUUUCUUCAACCAGUACUAAAAAGAUCAAAACCACCAGAGGUCCCUCUAGAAGUGAUAAUUCUUCACAGGAGAAUAAUAGAGAAAUAAUCGCAAAUGCAUUGACAAUCGAAAACAAAAAAAGAAUGACAGCCAUAGAAAAAGCAACAUUAUGCUAUGGAGCAUCGCGAAUAAUUGAUUUAUCUACACAAAUGAAGGAAUGGUUUUCAAUCGAAGAUAGAAAAUUCAUCAUGAAUAAACACAAGUCUGUGUUAAAAGUUCCUGAAAUGUAUUUUGAUGAAAGUACCUUUGCCGAAUCAAUCGAAAAAAUGAUAAAUCAAAAAAGAAUAGAUGUUGCAUAUGAACGUUGUAUCCAACAGCAUUGUAAAUCCGAGAAAAACAGUUACAUGUAUAAGAUUAGUAAAAUAUAUUCUGAUUUUAUUUUUAAAUGCAUGAAUGACAAUAUGUUGGAUUCUUCAUACACGAAGGUUGAUGUAAUGAUAAAUGCCUGUUCAUAUAUUAUUCAAACGUUAAGGAAAGGUCUUAAAAUACAACAAAGAUGGAGUGACUCAUAUUGUCCCAGUGCAGACGAUGAAAAUGGUUGUGGAUGUAAUGUGCGCUUUUUAUCAACUUCAGGAAUAGAUAUCGGCAAGUGGAAUUUUUCGGAGAAUGCCACAGCAUCCACAGCAUCCAAAAUAAUAGGUGAUCGUUGUCUUUUUGGUCGAAUUAAUCAAUCAAUUUUAAACGGUUUGUUGAAUCUCGACUUGACUGAUGAUAAUGAUAAUGUGAUUGAGGGAAUCUUUGUGCCCUUCAUACAAUUUUCUGGUACAAGUGGUCAGGUGUUAGUUGAAGGUUUAGUUGAGGGUUACUAUGUUGUCUUUCCCGGACCAAAAUUUAAAUUGCCUACAGAACUUCAACAUAUCAAGGAAUUGAAACCUGCCAUAAACAUUAUGGAGUUUGUUAUGGUAAGUUUAUGA